CUAAACUCCCAUCCCUCCACGUGUUCCCUUGCAUGUAACACUCCCACAGCUGUCAACUCCCUUUUUAACGACACAAAUCUCUCACGCACACACACUACCACCACACCAUGGCCGACCGCCACCCCAGCUCAGCCCCAACCCAGAGACCCACAUUCCUCCGUAAAAUCCAAGACAAUGCACCAAACUCCACCCAGCUCGUUGGCUUCUUGACCCUCCUCAUCUCCUGCUCCGUCUUGCUCAUCCUCACCGGCCUCACCGUCACAGCCACCGCCCUCGCCGUCGUCUUCUUCGCCCCACUCAUCCUCCUCUCCAGCCCCAUAUGGCUCCCACUCGCCACCUUCCUCUUUCUUUCCACCGCUGCCUUCUUGUCCAUGUGCGGCUUCGGCGUAGCCGUCGUCGCCGCCUUGUCCUGGAUGUACCGCUACUUCCAUGGGAUGAACCCUCCCGGGUCGGACCGGUUCGACUACGCAAGGAGCAGGAUUUACGACACCGCCAGCCAUGUCAAGGACUAUGCUAGCCAGUACGGUGGCUACCUCCAGAGUAAGGUCAAGGAUGCGGCACCCGGGGCUUGAGAUUGUACUCUCACAGGACCCAACUGGAUCCGGUUCACCACUGCGGUUUGGACUGGUUACGGUGAACCGGGUUUUUUUUUUUUUUUUUGAUGUCUUGUAUUUUCUUUUUUCUUUUGUUUAGCGAAAUUUCCAUGUCCGUAUGGAAGCUGGGUUUGUUUGGACUUUUGUUAUGUGUUUGUUUGACUGAAU